AUUUUGAAUAAUAAAAAAAUUAUUCAAGUGGUUUCGGGCAAUUUUUUUGUUGCUAUUUUAACUUGUGAUGAGAAAGUUUAUCUGGCCAGUGGAAAUUCUAAUUGGAAAACGAACAAUAGCCUUCGAUUAAUCUCCACUGGUGAUGAUUGUUAUAAAAUGAUAGCAUGUGGAAGCGAACAUUUGUUGAUGUUACGCCAAGAUGGUCAUCUUUUUGCCAUAGGUGAUAAUAAAUGUGGUCAGAUAACCGGAAAUUUAGCAUCAUCAUAUGAAACUAUGGUUGACAUUGGUUUAGAAAAUAUUAAAUUAAUUACUUCUGGAUGGCAACAUUGUAUUGUUUUAACGAAUUCGAAUAAACUUUAUUCCUGGGGCCGUAAUUCGAGUGGACAAUUAGGUCUUGGUGAUAAAAACCGAAGGACACCAUCACUCGUUUCAUUUCAGAAUGAUUUGAUUACCAAUCCGAUCAAAAGUAUCUUGGCCGGUGCAUUUCAUUCUUUAUUUUUACUCGAGGAUGGCCAGAUUUUCGGAUGUGGGCAUCUUCAACUUGGUAUCAAUGUAACUGUACCGACAAAAAUACCUCUUGAAAAUGUGCAAAACGUUGCUUGUAAAAAUAAUCUCAAAUUUUCAUUGACUUUGGUUGAUUCAUCACAGUAUUAUGUAUGGGGUAAAAAUGAUAAAUGCUUAUGGUCACAACCUCAAAAAUUAAAUGGUCAAUUGAAAUCAUUUGCUGAUGCAUCAGCAAUGAUAUUCAAAUACCCAAUGACAUAUGGUUUAGCAUCAACAAUUGAUGUUUUCGAAUCAAAAAGUUCAACAUUGAACAGAUCAAUCACCCAACUCUUUAAUAAUCCGGAAAAUUAUGAUUUUGAAUUUAUCAUCGGCAACAAACGUAUAAUGGCAUGUNUUAUAUCAACCAUUAAUAACAAAAUAUGA